AUGACAGCAGCAAGACUAACCAGAUGGUCGAUAUUCCUUAUGGAUUACGAUUACGAAAUAGCAUAUCGUUCGACCAAAGCCCAUGGUAAUGCAGACAUGCUAUCAAGAUUACCAGUUCCACACACUAAACAGGACGAAGAAGAAGCUAAGGAAGAGCUAGUCUUCAGUGUGGACAUUGAAGAUACCUGUUUAACUGCUAAGAAGAUCGAGAGUUACACCAAGAAAGACCCGAUUUUGUCAAAAGUGUUACACUACAUCAUGAAUGGAUGGCCGGACAAAGGCAUACAAUUCAGUGAAGAGAUGACAGCUUACUGGAACAGAAGAAGUGAAUUAUCUGUGGAGCUAGGAUGUAUAACGUGGGGUUGCAGAGUCAUUAUUCCCAGCAAACUACGAUCGACAGUGUUGGAGAUGCUACAUGUCACACACCUUGGGAUGAGUGGAAUGAAGACUCUGGCUCGUUCUUACGUGUACUGGCCAUGGAUUAACUCAGAGAUUGAACAGUUAGCCAGCACAUGUAAAAGUUGUGGUAAACAUGGGAAGAGUUUACCAAGUCUCACUGAACAUCCGUGGACCAAACCCACUAUGCCUUGGCAGCGCGUACAUAUUGACUACGCAGGCCCAUUCUUCAACAAAAUGUGGUUAGUUGUCUAUGAUGCUUACACAAGAUGGCCAGAAGUGAUAAAGAUGAACAAAGACACCACUCCAGCAGCUACUAUCAGAGCACUACGAGAGAUAUUUAGUAGAAACGGACUGCCAUUCGUCAUAGUAAGCGACAAUGGAACCAACUUUACCUCUGACGAGUUUGAAAAGUUCUUAUCAUCUAACAACAUCAGACACUUAAAGACAGGAACAUAUCACCCGAAAAGUAACGGUUGUUGUGAACGGUUAAUUGUAGGAACUUUCAAAUCUGCUAUGAAAAAGAUGAACGAAGAUUGUAAAGAUAUUCACAAGAAUUUAGCGAACUUCUUGAUCCGGUACAGAAACACGCCACACAGUGUAACAGGUACACCACCAGCAGAGGCGAUGUUUAAAAGAUCGCUCAGAUCCAGACUUCAUCAGAUUACCCUACUGGAUCAGCAGAAAGUUGGCAGCAUGGAUAUCGAGAAGGAGCAAGCAGUUCUUGAUUCUAGCAGAAUUCGAAACAGACAGUUUGAAGAACAACAAGACGUGUAUGUUCAACCACCUACAGCUAAAGACACAUGGAAAGAAGGUGUUAUUGAAAAAAGACUGGGCAAUUCCAACAUGUAUGAAGUACAGUUUGGUGGGAGAAAAGUUGUAAAACACGCAGAUCAGAUCAAGAAGAGACUGAGACCAAUGUUACAGCGAAAGAAACCAACUUUGUAUAGUCCCCCAGGGCUUUACUUUGAUGGGAAGGUAGGGGACAGCCUCCACUACCUUGGUGGAAAGAACGUGCUUCUGAAAGAGGACCGCUUGUCGUUGGUGGGGUACCCGGGGGAGAAAUGUUUGGGGGCUUGCCUGAUAAAUGUCGGUACAGGAAUCGGACAAUUCAACGGGUCUAUGGGCAAGGCCAUCGGGAAACCGGUGUGUGAGCGACCAAUAACAACAUUUCAGAGAAUUCCGUGCACCGGUUUCCCGAGGCUCCCUGACACCGUUCUCGCAACAAUGAGCGAGGACAGGAAGCAUUUAUACAAACUCUGUAUAUCCUGCAUGGACGGUACGAAUGUUAUGACAUAA